AUGGCGCCAUAUGAGGCUUUGUAUGAAAGAAAAUGUAGAAUGUCUUUAUGUUGGACUGAGCUUAGUGAAGAUAAGUUAAUAGGACCAGACUUGGUAAGACAAACUGAGGAGAAAGUAAAGAUAAUCAAGAAUAGUUUGAAAGCCGCCUCAAAUAGGCAGAAGUCUUAUGCAGCUUUGAAGAGAAAAGAUAUUGAGUACGAGGUUAGCGAUAAAGUCUUCUUACAGGUGUCACCAUGGAAAAAGGUUCUUAGAUUUGGGAAGAAGGGUAAAUUGAGCCCCAGGUUUAUCGGCCCAUACGAGAUCAUGGAAUGUGUAGGUUCAGUAGCCUAUAGGCUAGCAUUACCACCACAGCUGGACAAGAUUCACAAUGUAUUUCAUGUCUCGAUGUUAAGGAGAUACAGAUCAAAUCUCUCACAUAUCUUAUCGAUAGAGAUCAUUGAUGUACAACCUGAUUUGACAUAUGAAGAGGAACCAGUAAAGAUCUUAGCACGAGAAAUCAAGGAGCUAAGGAAUAAAAGAAUUCCAUUGGUGAAAGUGUUGUGGAGAAAUCACAAAGUAGAGCAAGUGACAUGGGAGAGCGAAGAGAUUAUGAGAUAA